CGUUAUUCUAUGUUUUGUAUAUCAAAUUAGGAACUUCCCAUGUGAGGAAAUUAAAAUCUACAAAUCAGCGAUAGUCAACAUUGAAGACAUAAUUUGUAUAAUACGUUUGGGUAAAGUGGGGAGGCUGAUCUUACCGCGAAGUUUCACUACUGGAUUUGAUGGACUACAGAAGACACCACAAGGAGCUUUCCUCCUUUAUAAAAACUGAAUACGAUUCACAACCCCAACUGAAUGAGAUUGUAUUACUCAAAUAGCUGUGCAGAAUGCUUGUAGUAUAGAGAAGACGUCAAAAUUCAAGUCAAAACUUCAAACAAAGACAAAAUAACACAGAAAAUAACAUCACAGAAAGUGGAUUUGUAUGCAUCCUCGUGCUUGAGGCUCUGGAAAAAAAAAAAACAGCUUAAACACAAUUUUUUGGAAAAGGUAAUACAAAAGAUAAAAUAACGCAGAAAAAGGAACUAAAAUUCAAGAAUUUUAAGUGCGUUCUUCAAUAAACAGGAAAUCAUUUGGCCGAUAGCACAGAAAAAGAACCCAGAAUUCAAGAAAUUCUAGAAUAAAAUAAGAUUACGUACGAAGCAUUAAAGAACAUUCUUUAGUUUACCGAAGGACAAGAGUUUGAAAUACAGCACGCCAUUCUUAAAACUGCAUUGUCAAAUAAACUUCAACAACUUCCUACAAAAAAAACAGUUCAAGAUUUUAACGUAUCAAGAUUGCAUUACAGGCGCGAGAAAAACGAUUCUAUUCUGACACGACUGUUUGUGCUAGGCGGGUAAGCACUUCAAGCCAUCUUAACUGGCAGUAAAACACCGCCUACGAGAACAAUGGGGAGCGAGUCGACUUACAAAUUUCUUUAUUCUAUUCAGACGGCAAUAAUACUUCCGACAAACUUGAUAGGGAAUGUGCUUGUGUGUUUGGUGGUAAUAACAACAAAACAAUUGAGAACACCUCUAAACUUUCUCCUCGUUAAUCUUGCUGUGGCGGACAUUUUGGUGGCUUUGUUCACCUCUACGGAUCUACUGUUCUGGUACGGGGUACAGCACACGGCUGGUGAGACCGGUGACUAUCUUUGCAAGUUCUUAACAGGAAAGCUCCUGACAUGGGUGGGGUCAGUGGCAUCAGUGUUCACACUAGUGGCCGUCGCUUUCGAAAGAUAUUACGCAAUAGUUCAUCCUCUAAGAAACAGAGGCACAGUCUCAACAAACGCGCUUUCCUGGAUCUUAUCCAUUUGUUGGAUUGUGGCGUUCUCCUUUAACAUACCCCUAAUACUUGUCCGUGCUCAUAACAACGAYAACAAGGAGACUGGGUACGUCUGUAUCAGCAAAUGGCCAAACGUGGAYCUCGCAAUCGCCUACAACUUCGCRUGGCUAGUUUUCAUCGGGGUUAUUCCCACAGUCACGAUGACCAUUCUAUAYUGGCUUAUYGUKAGAAGGCUAUGGMAGCCKAGUACGGUAUUAUCAUCCGAGUCAACUGCUAGACUUAAAUCGAAAAAACGCGUUACAAAAAUGCUGAUWUUUCUGGCCGUGCUUUACGUUUUAUGUUGGAUGCCGAAUCUUAUUGUUAAUGUCUUGAUGUAUUAUUAUUCUAGCAAUGGUCUAGAGUCCUAUGGAUAUUCYAUAACUGAGAUAUUAGUUCUUAUCAAUAGUACUAUUAAUCCAUUUGUAUAUGCAAUUCAAAGUCAACAGUUUUAUAAUGGAGUCAAAAAGAUUUUAUGCUGUGGAAGGGCGCCAAGGAUUCACGCCCGUCAUUUACCACAGGAAAUCCCUAACGCUGGAGCAAUCACCACCAGUGCCUUAUAACAGUAAGGAACUUAUAUCCGAACUUCAGGCCAAUGGGUCUUUCUCCUUAUGACGUCAUCAGUGGAACGAACUAUUGGUCUGUCAUAUUGAAUCAAAGAAUUGCCCAGAAGCCAAAGUACAAACUUUCUUUGGACGUUUUGAGGCUCUUUUGGAUAGUAGAUAUGUAUAACAAUUGAGAGGGCAAUAUUGAAGCAUAACUGCCUUAGAGCUAUGCAAUUAUCCAUUAAUUGACCACCAGGCAUUCAUUCUGUCUUACAAAUAAAAAAAGAGUAAAAUCAAAGAUGGCGACCGCAUCACCAGACAGUCUGUCAAUACAAGACAGUUAAGAGUUAAAGUACACCUAACCCCUAAAAAAUGACAAUUCCUUCUAAAAUUAGGGAGGUUUCUUAGAACUUUGUAGAAAAAAUGACACGAUUUUAAUAAAAUCCCGAUUAUUUUACAAAUUUUUAAACAUGCAAGAAAGGUACUUCGAGCUCCAUGUGGWGGACAAGCAAUUCUAC